AGUCCAGGAAAUUUAGAAGUCGCCACGGCCCCCGUAGCCAAAGAUCUGGGUAGCGCACGCAGCGCAACAGCUGGAAAGGAGGCAAUUUCCGUAUUAACCCUGGCAGGCAACAUUCGCGUCUCAUAACACCUCUUGUGCAAAUCCCUUAGUUGGAAUUUAGUGGGGCAGCAUCAGAAAGGCCCCCGUGGGUCGGAGUGCGGGCCCGUCUGGUCCCGCACCCGGUUCCCACGGCGGCUCCCGGAGGAUGCCCACCUGCCGGAUGCGAGUGUAGCAGCAUCUCCGGCCAGAGUUGCCCGGCAGGUGGUGCUCAUGGGUGGCUGCCUUUGAGACCGGGGGCGGCAUGGCGCCCUCGGGAUUAGGAGCCAGUGAUGGGCUCGUUUCAAAGAACACUGCAAUUUGCGGUAGCAAGUUUGACCCUUUUACUCCGCCUCGCUUGAAGAAGUGCUCUGUUUGUGUGUCUGGCGUCUCCUGUUUGUUGUUUUGUGCUGUCAGGUCACCACCAAUUUAUGGCAGCCCCAUGAACGAGAGCUCUCCACAGUGGCCUGGCCGUGACAGCCCUGCUCAGCUCUCAGAAAAUCCAGGCUGUAGGCUCCUUUAGAGGGCCACUCCAUCUCGUAUUGGGCCCACCUUGUUUUCUAUUUCCUUUGUUCUCCAGGCAGUUUGGCCCUCUCGUGUGUCCAGAAUAGGACAGCCUCAGUUUGCUUCUAGGGUAGACUCCGGCUUUAUUUGAUCCGGGACCCCCUCAUUCAUCUGUAUUGGUCCAGGGUAUUUGCAAAGCUCUCCCCACAUUAAGUCUCAUUGAAUAACCCCGGGCUCUAGGAAUGCUACUCACUUUCUCCACUCCAUGCAUAAUUUCACCUUUUUUUUAAAAAAUAACCCCAUUGACUUGAAAUUUCGUUUGAGCUGAGACGCUCCUAAACACGUCUUUCUUGCGGCGUGCUGCUCAGCGCCCCUUGAUUAUUUUGGUUGCUCUUUUCUGUACCUUUUCCGAUCCCACAGUAUCUUGUUGGAAUAUGAGAUGGCCAGAAUCGUCCGCGGUUCUCCAAAUGCAGUUGCACCAUCUAUUUGCAUGAGAGAUUGACGUUAUUGGCAGAAUUAUUUCUGAUCCCUUUCUUGAUGAUCCCGGGAAUGGGAUUUACUUGUUCCACAGCUGCACUUUGGGCAUAUGCGUUCUGCCGGGAUCCUUGCAUUGGAGGAUCGGUGGCAUGUCCAGGUAUUGCAAAGGAAGAGGGAGAUGCAACCUAGAACUUGCUGAGGUACCGCGGCUGUAGCUGCUGUCCUGGCCGGCCUGCAGCAGUUAGAGCUUCUCUUCUGUGCUCUGUGAGCCCACCGCUCUUUGUCUGUAGGCCUUUUGAGGAUACAUAGAAAGUCAGAAGGGGGCUCCCGGGCCAUCUAGUCUGACCCCCGGCCGGCUCUGCUCACGGCGUGCCCACUGCACAGUUCUGAAUGUUUGUGCUGAGGGGAAAAACAGGGAAAAGGAUUUGCCCUUGGACUCUGGACUUCAGCACAGUAUUCCUGGCCGGGCCGCUGGGCAGUCCUGAAGUGCCUGCCUCGCCACCUGGCUCCCCGCCUCGCCACCGAAGGCCAGUCAAGCGGUGCAAGGCUGUGUAUUCCUUUGCUGGCAAAUGCUUUGGUGACCCUGCAGUGGCCACAGGUCCCACGGUUAUCCGCCAGGUCAAUAGUUGCUUAUUCCAAGCUCUUUUUGGCCUGUGCAGCCUCCGUGUGCAGACGCAUCGGGACCGUGGGACCAGCCGCGGAGGUCAGAGAGUGAAGAGGACCCGGCGUGGGCAACUUGGCUAGAGGUCGUUGCUGGGUUCAAAGGAUGUGGAGGAGCCAGGCUGUCGGACUUGGGCCAGUGACCCAAGCUCCACCAUCUGGCUAGCCCUGAAAAUGGCCCUAAGCUAAAUUUGAGCCAGGCCUACCUUGGAGGGAGGUUGGAAAGCUAAAAUGGCCGAACACUUCCCACCCCACCCGCCGGAUGCAACCAGUCAAGUUGGCAUCUCGCCGUGGAGUUGUGUCUGUCCGAGGGCUGCUUGGUGUGUUUUCUGUCUGCUUUGCAAGUCGCGGGCGGAGCAUUUCAGGCUGUCGUCACGGUAGACCCGAAGAGUUGCCUUCUGCUGCCACCUCAGAGCAUCUGCUGCCGGCUUGGCUGCAGGGCCUCCCUCCCGCAGUGCCUUGGGGACAGCGGGUGCACGGGCGCUUAGCCCCAGGCGCUGCCCAGCCUUGGUUCCUUGAGCCGCUCAGCCAGCUGUGCCUUGCUGCUGUGGGAAAACUCGUGGGCCCCGGUCCCAGCGGUAGCUGUGAAAGCGGAGCAGCUUGGGCCUCUGCAGCCUCCUCUUUGCCGUCAGGCGAAGCAGAUGCAAAGCAGCAGCUGCUCCCUUGGGGGAGAGUGGGAAAUUGUGGAUGCAGCCAGGCCCCUGAAUCCAAGGGGGAUCGGGCGGGGGGGCACUUCUGUCUCCAGGGCGUGCCCCAUCCCUAGCAGAGAGCUGCUGUAUGUCCGUGGAGACCGUUGCUUUUGCACGGGGGUGUGGGAUGAGCCACCGGGGGCUGCAAGCCAGCCGAGCUCUGCUUUCGAGGCUGCAUCGGCAGCAGAGACAGAGGCUGUGCUCGGCGAGAGCCAGAAACCGUCCCCGGCCACCCCGUCCCGCCUCCGCAGGGACCCGGUCUCCAGAGCCGGUGCACGGCCGGCCUGGCAGCUUCAGGGUCUCCGGAGCCUGCAACGGUAUUCUGCUCCUACGCUUCCCAGCGUGGGCAGGAUGCGGAGAGCACCUUCCUGCUCCCCAGCCGAUGACUCACCUCUCAGCAGUCCAGGCUUGUGAGCUGGGAUUCUGCUCCCCUCGGCAGCCGUGGGGCUCCCAGUGGGUCCAGAGCGUCUCCCCAUCCGCCCGCCGGCCUGGCUGCCCAGAGCAGGAAGGGGUCAAAGUCCAGGCUGGCUGUGCAAGGAGGUUGCUUUCGGACACGGCUUGGGGAAGCAGCAGCAGCCGCCCGGUGCUGCAGGAGGAAGUGGCAUUGUGCAACCCCAGUCCACCCCCCCCCGCCUGCCUCCCCCUCACUCGAGGGGAUGAGGAGCUGUCACUGCUGAGUCCUGUGGGACGUCUCGGGAGUCAUGGCUCGCCCGCGGGCUGUCGGCCAGCGCCACGGAGGGAGCGCCCCAGAGCUGGCGGGGGGAGGCGCUUGGCCCCCGUGCCUCCUUGGGCCUCCCGUGGGCUGCUCCUGCCCGCCGGCAGAGGCCCUGCGCAGCCUGGCGGGGCAGCCCCCCCCCCCCACAGCACUGCCUGCUCGGCCGCAGGGGCAGAUGGGAGCGGCCCCGGGCCUGCGGCUUCCUCCCCCCCGCAGGGCUCCCUGGGAGUGGCGGCCCCAGGAAACCGCCGGGCUGUGCGGUUCUUGCCGCUUUGCGACAUAUCCGGAGAGGAAGCUGGGGUGUCUGGGGUGGGCACUUCUGGGGAACUGCUGGGAGGGCCGAGACCAGGGGCUGUGCCCGGCCCAGAGCCGCGGCGCCCAACUCCGAUUCCGGGCGCCCGGGCCUGUGGGCCGCCACCCCUCCGGCCCCCUCACUCACUCCCUGCCUGCCUGCCUCCCUCCCUCCCUCCGCCAGGCUGCCGGAGUCCCGAUAGCUCUUCGCUCAGCUCGUCUCCUCCGCUGCGGGGCGCAGGGACGCCGCCCCCGCCGGAGCCCUCGGCCCCCCUGCACCCUUCCCUCAUCGGGUCCGCCAUGACCACCUCCAUCAGCGGGCUGGGCUCCCCCUUCCCCGUCAUCAGCUCCUCGAUGGGGUCGCCGGGCCUCCCCGCGACACCCUCCAUCGGCUACGGGCCCGUCAGCAGCCCCCAGAUCAACUCCACGGUGAACCUGUCCGGCCUCCAUUCGGUCAGCAGCUCGGACGACGUGAAGCCUCCGCUGGGCAUGCGGGUGGUGCCGGGCCACCCCCACAGCGGCAUGAUGCCCGGGAAGCGCCUCUGCGCCAUCUGCGGGGACCGAUCGUCAGGGAAGCACUACGGGGUGUACAGCUGCGAGGGCUGCAAGGGCUUCUUCAAGCGCACGAUCCGGAAGGACCUGACCUACACCUGCCGCGACAACAAGGACUGCACCGUGGACAAGCGCCAGCGCAACCGCUGCCAGUACUGCCGCUACCAGAAGUGCCUGGCCACCGGCAUGAAGCGCGAAGCGGUGCAGGAGGAGCGGCAGCGUGGCAAGGACAAGGAGGGGGAGGGGGACCUGGCCGGGGGCGGCGCCAACGAGGACAUGCCCGUGGAGAAGAUCCUGGAGGCCGAGCUGGCCGUGGAGCAGAAAUCCGAGCAGAGCGUCGACGGAUCCGGCACGGGGGGCAGUUCGCCCAAUGACCCCGUGACCAACAUCUGCCAGGCUGCCGACAAGCAGCUGUUCACGCUGGUGGAGUGGGCGAAGCGCAUCCCCCACUUCUCCGAGCUGCCCCUCGACGACCAGGUCAUCCUGCUCCGGGCUGGCUGGAACGAGCUGCUGAUCGCCUCCUUCUCGCACCGCUCGAUCUCGGUGAAGGACGGGAUUUUGCUGGCCACGGGGCUGCACGUCCACCGCAACAGCGCCCACAGUGCGGGCGUGGGAGCCAUCUUUGACAGGGUGCUGACCGAGCUGGUGUCGAAGAUGCGCGACAUGCGCAUGGACAAGACGGAGCUGGGCUGUCUCCGGGCCAUCAUCCUCUUCAACCCAGAUGCGAAGGGGCUCUCGAACCCGGGCGAGGUGGAGCUGCUGCGGGAGAAGGUGUACGCCUCCCUGGAGUCCUACUGCAAGCAGAAGUACCCCGAGCAGCAGGGCAGGUUCGCCAAGCUGCUGCUGCGGCUGCCUGCCCUGCGGUCCAUCGGGCUGAAGUGCCUGGAGCACCUCUUCUUCUUCAAGCUCAUCGGGGACACCCCCAUCGACACCUUCCUCAUGGAGAUGCUGGAGGCGCCGCACCAGAUGUCCUGACCCGGCCGCGAGGAGGCCCCGCACCUGCACCCACCGCCGGGGGCGUAGGGGGCUGCGCAGGCGCGCGUGGCCCGGACGGGCGCCCCCGCGCCUCCCACCCUGUGGCGCCGCAGCCCCCAUCAGCUGCUCCCCGCCUCCCCGCCCCCCCGUGCCCGGGAGACCCCCCUCGGAAGGGUCCCGCAGGGAGGUGGCCCCUGUGCCGCCCAGUAGCUGGAUGUCAGGCGUAGGUGGCCCCAUGCCGCCCGCAAGGCGGUCCUCAGUUGGCCGCCUCCCUUUGAUGCACUCCCAGCCCGGUGGGGCGUUUCUCUGCCCCCUCCUUGGAGGGGGGCAGGCGGACGUAGCCCAGAAUCUGGUGGCCAGGCGAGGCGCCAGGGGCUCCCUGGCUGGGGGGGGCGAGCAGGGUGUCCCGGGCAUGGAGGAGAAGCCCCUUUUCUCUCUCGCGUUUCCCCUUCCGCCUGUCCGCCUUUGCGUCGCUGGGUCGCAGUUCCGUACUUGUGGGGCAGCGGGUGUGGGGCCAGUGGCAUGCACAGCAGAGUUGCGGGCCCUUCUCCCGGAAGUGGGGUGUGCCUCCCCCCCCAGAACAGGCUGUUAAGAGAAGGGGUGAUGCCAGGUGGCGGCUUCACGCCCGCCCCACAGGAGGGCCUCAGCCGGGGGGGGGAGGGCGCGUUCCCCCCGGGUCCCUGGGGCAGCUGCUUAGGGUGGCUGGGGGUGUGCAGAGGGGUUGAAGGUGGCCGAGAGCCCCGGGGGUGCCCUGCCCUGCCCAGCCCAGCGCAGAGCCCCGGUCCCCCCCCCUUGUUUGGUUUAGCACUUUGAGCAUGGCCUGUGUCCCCAUCUAUGCAAGGGGGGGGGCUGCAGGCAGCGCACGUGUGAACGCACCCCCUCCUUGGAGGGGGCUGAGUCCGGCCCUCCCCGCAGGGCGUUUGGGGGGGGAGUGAGGAGGGCGCCCUGCUUCGGGGCCCCGCGAUUCCCCGGGGCAGGCGCAGACCCCUGCCCGGGCGUCCCCCGGAGGUGGGGGCGCCGCUGGACAGAGUGACCCCCAUUGGAGGGCUCACCCCUGGGUGGCAGGUGUGGGGCGGGAGGAACGGCUGGGCUGGUCUGGGCGAGGGGGGGUCUCUUUGGCACACGUUGCUCUUUCCGCCCCCCAACCUCUGCAUGCCUGCAUUCGUCCCCCCCCCCCCCCCCCCCGUUCAUUGGACUUCUGUUGACCCCCCCCCUCUCCUGGAUAACCGCUUUGGAAUAUGCUGAUUUAAUAAAGCUGCUCUUUCCGGAGGGCCCCGAUUUCCCCA